AUGUCUCCAGUUCGUUUAUUCCCUUUCUUACUUGCAAGUCUCUUUGGUGCAUCCAUUGCUCUUCAAAAUGACCAAAUACAGCCUGAAACUUGGUGCAUAACAUAUCUAUCAACUUAUUUGGUCCCCGUAUCAGGGGGUCACACUGGCCCAACGACUUCUUCUCCUGAAGAAACCAUUUUCCCAGAGACCUCUGAAGCACCUUUGACAUUUUCUACAGAUCUGGCUAUCCCCUCAACUCUCUCUGUUCCUGAUGAUGUAAUUAUUACUACUUCGGCCCCAAGUCAAACUACUGGAAUUCCAAUCCCUGAAGCCAGUGGCCGAUCAGUGAUAUUCCGUGUCGUUCCAGAAUCGCAGGACACCAAACGAGCCCUACAGGCCAGGGCAGUCGGCGGUUUUGUUGGCAGUCAGUCAGAAAUUUGUGCCGCUGCCGCUGUCUUCAACCUGGUGCAAGGUCGUCUGUUGGAUGGUACAUUGCCCAUAUACUACAACGGCGAGAGUUUCAAGGAGCUACGUGGCUCCCCAGGAGCGUUAUCUCGAAGGGCUGUCACGGAGACCUUUGCUGAUGAGGAUGGAUUCCUCCGAUUUUCCAACUCAGCCCUACCAAAUGGUGAGGCAGGCUUCUGUCAGGACACCGAGAGCGGUCAAGUCUAUAUUACUUUCACUGCAUUGCCCUUAGGUUGCCAAAAGAUAAGACUUUCUAUUACUGAAGUUGACGAUUGCCGAGAUGGCGAUGUAUCCUCGAGCUUUUCUUCUCGAACUGCCAGUACACCUCUGAUAUCAGAGUUUACAUCUGUGUUGUCCGGAACGACGUCUCCCUCCAACGCAGUAGCUUCCACGACCACAGAGGAUAUCCAGGUGGGUUCUUCCGCUACAGAUGUUCCAGCUUUCACUUCUCAGGUUGAACCUGUGUAUACGAGCUCUGUGCGAUUUUAUAACAGCUCUUCAUCUAUCAUAUCUGUCACGCAACCUGGUCUUACUCAAACAUCUUCUGUGUUGGACAUUUCAACCAGUGUUGUAGACUUCCCACUUACAUCUCGGCUGAGCUCCGAGACCUCAGAACCGGAGAGCCUAUCCACGGAUGCACUGUCCACGGAUGUCUUGGAAACGUCAGAAGAGCUACCUUCUACCCCUGAACCAACUACUACAAAUUCUCAGAUUACAAGUGUCACUAGCUCUGGUACCGAAUCCACGGCAAGCUCUGUUGAUGGUUCUUCAACUACGUCUGCAUCAUCAUACAGUUUAGAGACUGAUACCAGCACACUAUCCGAUCUGCCAUUGGAUACCAGUUCAUCUCUUGACUCGAGCUCAACGGUCCUCUCAACGGCUGAUACCAGUCUUUUCACCACGACAGCUGCCGAUACCACAACUUCAACAACUACAAGCUCUGAACCGACAGGAACACGUGCGUGUCCAGAAGGCUUGUCUGAUCCACUGACACUGUUCAAUGGCGAGAGGCCAUCUGACAAUGGUGUCGAAUGGCUCGUGCUCCCGUUUCAGGUACCACUCUACGGUGAAACCAGUGAAAUGGUCUAUGUCAGCCCCAAUGGACUUGUUACACUCAGAGGCUCCUUCGGGGCCGACUCGGUCCCCGAUCUGGCCUUCCUACCAGAUGAAAACAUUGAGUCGCUGGCUAUUUUCCCUUACUGGAUUGACAUGAUCGUUCCAGAAGGUUCAGGGGCCGAGGUUACAUACCAGGUUGAGCAGACUCCCAAUCAACCAGGGGUGCUGACCAUAGAUUGGUGUGUCUUCACUACACCAGGUGCAACUGAGCCGAACCACUUUCAAAUGGUGAUCUCAGAGGAUCAACAGACCCCAAUUACCUUCUUCUACUAUACCAUCCAGCCCGGGGGAACUAUUGCUACUAUCGGUGCCCAAAAUCGCGACACGGAUCAGUGGGUGCAGUACUACGGUGCUAUCCCAGAUAGAACGUUCAUGGAAGUUGAUACGUUCGGUGACGGGGAUAUACGGACUGGUCAGUUCUGA